GAAAUUUCACACUUAUGAAAGCGACGGACUGUGAGGAGCAGCAAGUUGUUUACGUGCAGAAGAGACGUUCAAAGCGCCACAGCGUCUACUUUGCGCGUGAUGCGCCGUGUAUUGGUUCAGCAUCGCGUCGGUGAACGCGUAAUGAGCCAGCAACCAAUAUAACUUUUAUACGGCAGUUCUACACAGAAGUGUGGCAGAUUUUUUCCCCCUUUCAUUGACUGGUGAUAGAGAAGACCGACUCUCUUCAAUUGGAUUCAGAGAAAAGGACCACGCGCAUGUGUGGAGAAGAAUAAGGAUUUUAGCGAGUACAUUUUCGCUUGAAUGGGGGUAACUCUGUGGCCACUUUUUACGAGUCCAAGAAAAGUUUUUGAAAGCCACAGGAAGAAAUAAUGGACGCGAGAAGUAAGCGAUGUUAUAGUUUAUCAUGCAGCGCCUCUCUUUCGUCGAUUGUCAUGGAAACAUCUCAAGCUAUGGAAGUCGAGAUGCUAGAUGGAUCCACCGUGAGAAGUUCUUUCAGUGAAUUUUGACUACUUGUAUUUCUUCACAGAAGAAUGUGAUGCUUCUGAAUAAACGCUGCCGCACAUGGUCGUUCUUAAAAAGCAUAUUAUCAAUUGAAGUUUUAUAUUUUCCCCGUUUGCGCUGAUAUUAUGGACAAGAACUCUACUAUAGUUAAUCAGAUGGAGUUGACACUUCUCGUGGCUGUCCUCUUAUUUUGGAUCACCGUGUGUGCUGAUGACAGUAAGAUCAUUUCAGACCGAUAUGCAGUUUACUGGAAUAGCACCAAUCCCAGAUUCUUGAAUGGUGAAUACACUGUGGAGGUGGCCAUCAAUGACUAUCUGGAUAUCUACUGUCCGCAUUAUGAGGAACAUCUUCCUCAAGAGCGCAUGGAACGCUACAUCCUUUUCAUGGUCAACUAUGAUGGCUAUACCACCUGCAACCACCACAUGAAAGGAUUUAAACGCUGGGAAUGCAACCGCCCAAUAAGUCCAAAUGGGCCCCUCAAGUUCUCAGAGAAGUUCCAGCUGUUCACACCCUUCUCUUUGGGCUUUGAGUUCCGUCCAGGUCAUGAAUACUACUACAUCUCCUCUCCACACCCUAACCUUGGUGGAAAGCCAUGUUUAAAAUUAAAGGUGUAUGUCAAGCCUACAAAUGACUCUCUAUACGAGUCUCCAGAGCCGUUUCUGACAGAUGACUCCAGUGGUGGUUGGGUAUUAAUGCCCAGUCUGUGGCUCAUGCUUCCUUUGCUUUUACAUCUGUGUUCCUCAUAGCAUAAUAAUCCUCGCAACCUGACUUUGCCCAACCAGCCUGCCCCAUACAUCAUACACCACUAUGAUAUGUCCUGCACCAUCAGUUAUGGAGUCCAGCCAACAGAGAGCCAACUUCUCACCAUAUUCUUGCAUAUUUAUAUGGAUUUUUACCCAGAUUGCAACCCUGCAGGACAUCUGCUAACUAACCCUAAUUUCAUAGCUAUUAUAUCCCACCUAAAAUGUCCAAAUUCGGGCAUUCUUACAUAGCACUCUUUCGUGAAUGACACAAGGUACAUGAAGCGGGCAGCAUUUUUGAGCGUGUUCUAUUGUCCUGUCUUUAUUCCAGCAUCAUCCAUGUGUUAGGAGACAGAUGUAAAUGACUACCAUGUUAAUCAUAUUGUUUGUCUGCCUUAAGCAACAUCCAGAGACUUUACUGUCAUCUGAGUUUUCACUAUUGUGAGAUGGUACAAAAAAGUCUAUGAGUGUCUCUUCUGACCUUUGUGUGUAACCAUAUGAACAGAUGUUGAAAGCAGUUUCUGUUGCUUACAAAAUGAUUGUAAUCACGUUCCAUUACGCAAUCAAAAAAGAAAACAGUUCUAUCUGUGAAUCUGCCAAAGACACUAGUCAUUUUUCAAGGGGGAGUGGGGAAAAUACUGGCUUUGGUAAAAGACUGCAUUCAGUCCUAGAACAUUUAAAGCUUUUAGAUUCAUUUCAUUUUUGAGUAAGUUAUUAUAAUUAUAAUUUUAUCAUAUAAAAAAUAAUACAAUGUGAAAACAAAGAAUGAAAGAUAAUAAAUCUGUGUUAAAGGUGCAGUAGGUGAUUGCCUUUUUGUUGUGCUGGUUGAAAGUCUCUUCACAGUCCAAUAGUAAUGAUUAAAGUAAAUGAUCUAAAUGUGUUUGUAUUUUUAUAUUCUGGGUGUGGCAAAAAACAAAAAUAUAUAUAUAUAUAUUGUCGGGCCGACAUCUCCCAUAUUUCUGAUAAGUAACCCAAACUGUCUAUCAACAAAUGUAGAUUUGGGCUACGGCGCAUAUCUGUUCACGCAGAUCACCAUUAGUGUGUGCACGCCGCACAUUUAUGACACGAGGAAAAUCAAAUGCUGAAUUUAAACUUUUUAAAAUCAUGAAUCAAUAUUGAAGCUAUUUCUGCACGCUGGAGGAAGGAUGACACCAUGGCUGAAGAAUUUCCGUUAGACAGAUAAUGUUAUGUUUUAAAACUAUUUUAGUCCUCCAAAGCUGAUGUAGAUUGUGUUAGGAAUGGGUUAUAUACAGGGCUUGACAUUAACUUUUUUGAUAACCAGCCACUGUGGCUAGUACUUUUCCAACAUUACUAGCCAUUCAGCAUUUUCACUAGCCACAAUUUUGUUGUUGGGAAAUAUAUAUUUUAUAUGCAUAAAUAUGACUUUGACAUGCUAAAAUGACUUGAUUUAGAUUGUGCUAUGUACACAUACAUGCCUCCUCAUUCAUGUAAUUUUUUGUGUCGUGUACGAGCUUGCUCAAUGAGCAUGAGCAAAUGGUUCAUGGUUUCAUAGUGUUGUAUUACAAUUAGUUUUUAUUUGACUUUUCAGAGCUCAAAAUUAAGGAUUUGCCGAAUUUAUCUGUGACCACACUAAACAUAAAUAAUUAUUUCUUAGCCACAAAUUUUUAAUGUGUCAAAUCAAGCAAAAUAUAGCAUUAACACAGCAUUCCUAAAAAACAACUGACAUUUAAAAAAUAAUUAUUGUCAUGUAACUAUGCACAGUAAUCUGUCCUAGCUAAAGGUCUCUCAGAUCACCAGUUAACUACACAUAAAUGGGGAGUUAAUCUCCCAUUAAAGCAAUGUUAUUGUAAAAAAUGAUGAUUAAAUCAUAUUAACAAAAACUGUAAGCAAAAGAAAGCAGGUGUAAAAAAUACUGUGUGUGAUAACGAAAGGAUGAUCAAGCGCACACAGUUAAUGUUAGGUCUGUUCAUAAUCUGUUCAAAGAAUUAAAGCGAAAGCAACCGGUGCCGCUUACAAAAAGACAAAUUUGAAGCUCUUGAAAGCAGCAAGACUGUGGGUGCAUAAACAUAACUUUUUGUCUAGUCUAUUUGAAAGAGAACCAAUCACAUUAGUUGCGUUUCAAGGCACGGUUGCUUCACAUAAGGAAACGGGAAAACAGGAGUGCGCACGCAUUUUAAACAGUCGCACGCAUCACAUUAACUGUUCGGUAUUCACCUGCUUUCUUUUGCUCGUUCGAACACAAUUAUUUUUGUCAGUCGUGCUGCUUCUCAAUUCUAAGAUCGCCUUUGCAUGCAUAUUUUUAUUGUCAAACCCUGCUUUUAAGAAAACUACAAUUUAAAAAUAAUUUUCAACCCACUAAAGUCGCUAGUAAGAGUGUCUGUCUAACCUGCCACAGCUGAAAUCUACCUGCAUUUGGCGGGUUGGCGGGUGUUAAUGUCAAGCCCUGGAUAUAUGCACAGAAGUGUUGUUCAGCCACUGAAAUCUUCCAAAGCUUGAUGUGACUAUUUUCAGUUUCAUAAGGUCCUUUUACAGCAUUGAUAAUGUAGAUUUAUAUUUAGUUUAACAACAAAACAUCAGUAAAUAGCACUAUUCUGCCUAGCCUGCUUUACUGAGCUGAAGUUGCUUUAAUAUUCACAUUGGUUUACUUUUGAACAAUGACAGCCUCCCUAUACUGUUUACCAUGCUACUCUGAAUAUUCGCUCUGCAAUAACAUGUAAAUGUGGCUUAGUAAUAAGUGAAAUUCUUGUGGGAAGAACUAGUGGGUUGUCUGCUGUCAUGUCAUGGUGCACGCGUUUGCGAUUUCAGGAGCCCUGGCUUUGAAACACAGUCCCUGCCCUGCCGUCCAAAGAUGAUAUGCUAACCGGUUAGCAUUUUGGCAGAUCACCUACUGCACUUUUAAUUAAACAAGUAACUGCAGUAAAAAUCAAAGUUAAUUUUUCACUGGUGCUGAAUCUAGAACAAGUUUGUAUGUUUCAAACGUUUUUUUUUUUUUGUAUUUUUUACAGUAUAACAGAAUUAAAACGCAAAAUAAUUAAAGAUUAAUUUGUUGACACACACACAAGUGGUUCACAUUUUGUAUGAUCUCUCUUAUUUUGUAGACAAAAGUUUGACAAAUGUGUCAGCCUCUCUUUGCCCACUAACAUGACUCUUCUGAUGGCUACUUUUUCCGGAGUCUGAUAGAUGUCUGUAUAGUAGUUUAUUAUGAAAUAUUGUUCAAUUUAGAGACAACAUCAGUCACAGUUAUCUGUUAUUUGCUUCAGAGCAAAUAAAUUUUACUGCAAUGGUAAGUUUUACAACACAAAUAUUCAUUUAUUCAUUCAUUUUCUUUUCGGCUAAGUCCCUUUAUUAAUCCGGCAACUUAUCCAGCACAUGUUUUAUGCAGCGGAUGCCCUUCCAGCUGCAACCCAUCUCUGGGAAACAUCCAUACACACCCAUUCACACUCAUACACUACAGACACUUUAGCCUUCCCAAUUAAUCCGUACCGCAUGUCUUUAGACUGUGGGGGAAAGCGGAGUACCUGGAGGAAACCCACGCGAACGCAGGGAGAACAUGCAAACUCCACACAGAAACAGCAACUGACCCAGCUGAGGCUCGAACCGGCACACUACCUUCUACACCACUGCGUUGCCUAUUUGUUACACAAAUAUUAUACAGAAUAAAAACUCAUGUCAUUGAUAUACAUAGAAUUUUUAUGGCUUAUUAAAUGUUAUUGUUCUAUAAAGGGGAACAUCAAAGUGACGCAGUGGGUAGCACGAUCGCUUUACAGAAAGAAGGUCACUGGUUCAAGUCUCAGCUGGGUCAGUUGGCAAUAUUGUGUGAAGUUUGCAUGUUCUCCAAGUGUUCGCGUGGGAUUCUUCCAAGUGCUCCGGUUUCCCCCACAAGUUCAAAGACAUGCGAUAUAGGUGAAUUGAGUUGGUUAAAUAGUCUAUGUGUGUGAAUGAAAGUGUAUGGGUGUUUCCCAGUGAUGGGUUGCAGCUGGAAGGGCAUCCGCUGCAUAAAACAUAUGCUGGAUAAAUUGGCAGUUCAUUCUGCUGUGGCGACCCCAGAUUAAUAAAGUUACUAAGCCGAAAAGUAAAUGAAUGAAAGAAUGAAUGUACUAUAAAUCCAUUUGAUAUAAACUACAUUACAUUUGAUAUUACUACAUUUGUAUUACAAACUGCAGCGUGUUUAUUGAUUGGCAGUUAACUUUUAUAUUGUUUCACCAACAGAUGACUACAGAGACUGUAUAAUAAUGUCUUUAAAGGAUUCCUUCUGUAACUUGCAGGGCUGCGUAGGGCCGAUCAGUACUGCUUUAAGUCAAUAUUAUUAUUUUGCAUUUCUAUAUUUAUGUCAUACUAAUCUAAUUUUUUGUCUUUUAUGGGUUUGUUGUUAGUGAAUACCCUGAAGUGGCAGAAAAAAAAAAUUUUUUACGCCAUUUGCAAUGUCUUAAUGAUAAAAAAGGAUAUAAAAAAAAUGUUCUGUUUAUCCUGCCAUGUAUAUUGUACUGAUUGAGCAAUAGUUUAAAAUGUCCACUGAAGAAAGCAUUUUAUUUUACAUUUAACGACUAUAGAGACAUCUACCAGACUCCGGAAUACAUUUCUAUCAGAAGGGUGCUCUUGGUGGGGAAGGAGAGCCCUGAAUGGCAGCUGAUGUGCUGGAAGUCUUAUCUAAGGAAUCAUCUAAGCACAUUUUCAAACAGACACUAUCCUUAUAGGCGAUAUGCGGGUGAAGAUUUAAGAACCAGAAAGAAAUUAUAUGCUGUCAUAUAGACACAACAAUCAUCCAUUUUUUAAGAAAUUCAAGAAACAUGAUAAUAUCUUAAAUAGCUUUACAUAGAUAAAAAAAUACAAAACUUCUACAGUGCCAAGUAGAAGAGGAAUGUUUGUGUUGAAGAUGUGUUUGUUGUCAGGUUGGCUUUCUAACUCUUUCCUAGUUUGUGUCGCUCUCUAGUUCUCUUUAUAUCUGCCUCUUUCUCUUGCAAUCACUUUUUAAUGUGGUUUUUCUAUGUGCUGCCCCAUUAUAUAUAGAUCUCCCAUACUUGGUCACUGAACAAGAGUCCUCCGGGCCAUUAGUGCACAGUCACUGAGACAUCACUGACUUUGGAAUAAACACUGAAGGACCAAGGCCUUGCACUGCAAACAUAAACUCUAGACUCCGAUUGAGGGAUUACAUAGGACUUCUGCUUUUGUGACAGUUUCAAGAAAAAAGUAUGAAAAUGAGAAACUAUGUUAAAAUAUUUGUACAUUGGAAUUGUUUUGUGAUUGUAAAAAUGUGUCAUGAAGAUUUCAAGGCAGGUCGGCAUGGAUUGGCAAAGAACAGGAAAAUAAAACAGUUUUUUUAA